AAAAAUAUUUUGGUGUAAAAGCAAAAUUCCCUUUCUACCCCUGUCUCUAUAAACACCAAAUCCAAAAACAACAUUUCCAACCAAAUUCAUAGUACCAAUUAUCAUCACAAGGGUCAACUCAACCGACCUCCAACACGAUGUCCACAAAAAACACCUUCCACAUCAUCUUUUGUUUCUUCUCAUCAUUCAUAUUCAUAUUCCACACAAUAGCCACAGACAUCCACGACCUCCUUCCUGAUUACGGUUUCCCAAAGGGCAUCCUUCCCAACAACAUCGCCUCCUACACUAUCUCCCCAUCUGGUUACUUCACCGUUCAUUUCGAAUCCCCUUGUUACGUUCAUUUCUCCGAUCAAUUAGUUUACUACAAUACCCUCAUCACCGGAACCCUUACUUACGGUUCAGUUUCCGGCGUGUCGGGGAUCCAGGCCAAGAUGCUAUUCGUCUGGCUCCCUGUCACCGGGAUGGAAGUUGAUUCACGUUCAGGCAUGCUUGAAUUCUUCGUCGGAGCUUUGUCGAAGAAAUUACCGGCAAAUCAGUUUCAAGAUGUGCCCAGGUGUUCUUCAAAGGCCGGGACGUACUUUGUGGAUCUGAUUAUGUGAAUGAACAGAUUCCAUGCCCCUUGUUCAUAUUCUCCUUCGAAUUUAAAGUUGUAAACGGAAUUUUAUUUUAUUUUGUGGUAAAAGAAAAAUUAGAGUGAGAAGAUGAUGUCAAAUUCAAGAUAGAAACAUUACCACAAACGUGUUUACUCUUCUUCUGGUUUACAACCGUCCGAAGUUAAAUUGUAAAAUGGUAAAUAUUAUUAAUAAAAAUUGGCUUUUUAUAUCA